GCCUUCGGGCUUGGUAGACAUGCACUUGGCGCUGCAGUCGCGAGUGGAGCAGCUGGAGCACAGAGUCCACGGUUUUCAGCAAGGGCAGCGAGGCGAUGAAGUACAGCCGCCAAUCCCGCCGCCAGCUAACACAGGAGCCAAAGAAAGUGAUGCUCUUGUAUGGCAGCGGUUCACAGAUGUGGACCAGGCCCACAUCAUGGCUGUGCAAAGACUUUCGGAGCUCGAAACGCGACUCAGCCGUAUGGAAGGCCGUAGAGGACAGAGGGAAGGGAGCAUGAAGGCAGCGCAGGGGAAUGACUGGGAGGCGCCAAUAUCUGAGCUGCAGUCCAGCCAUGCGUCCCUCGCAGAGGAAAUGGCAGCCAACGUCUUGCCACAAGUCUCCACGUUGCGCUCGACCCUCACGCAAAUCACAAAGUACAUUUCAGGCGAUGUGCCAUCGGAGGACAUUUCUUUACAGUCGGCAAAUGCCCUGGACUGGCUUCAGCACCGUGUUGGGUCUCUGGCCGCAAAGGGCCAAGGGCUUACUUUGGAGGCUCGACUUCAGCUACUUGAGCAAGCUACGGGCAGCACUGAGAUUUUCCAGAAAGUUCAGAACCUUGAGCAAAUCUUGGGCAAGCUCGAUGUGGAUGCUGUCAACGAGGUUCCUCCCCAGCUCAUUAUCGUCAAGGAAGACCAGGAAGUGUUCAAGCAAGACCUGCGCCGCGAGGUGCAGGAGCUGAAGGUCCUUGUUGGCUGUAUGGAGGCAUGUGUUCCGAAAGAAACGCGAAAAGCCAUUCAGCUUUUCAAGAGGGGUGCUGGUGUCUCAGAUGAGGAGUUCAUCACUGCCGGUGGCCUGAAAUUGUAUGCAGACGUAGAAGCCUUGCGCGAGGAGUUGCAGACACGGCUUGCAGACGUGGAGACCAACACCGCCCAACAGCAUGAAAGUCUCAGCUCCAUGGUCCAAGAGCUGGAUACCAAGCAGGAAAAGCUGCAGAUGGUCUUCCGAAAGCGCUUCACCAGUGACGAUGUGAGCGGCGUGGAUAGCUUCGUUGCGCCCCAAGGUUGGACGCACCCUGCAGGUCAGGCCACAUGA